AGAGUAGACCGGUUCCUCCGGCUCCGUCGAUUCAUCCUCAUGUCGGAUGGCCAGAUAUGCCUACUGAGUUGAUGGCGUGGCAGUAUGGGGCUAGCUCUCCGACUCCGAUUCCACUAGAGCCUCCGAUGCCCAGUGAUCGAUACGCCAUUGAUCCGGACUCACCGCCGCCAUCGCGAGGAUACAUGGAGGAGGUGGUUGGGCUGGUGGCCACACUCGAGGGCAUGGUCCUGCGUAGGGAGGCACAGUUGUCUGUCGCGGGCAUUCAGAUGCCUUCAUGGUCCGGUCAGCCGCAGUCCAGGCCACCUGGGCCUCCUUGGGGAGCUGGGCCAUCUGGGCCUUUUCAGGGGGCGGGGCCAUCUUGGCCUUCCAGAGGAGCCGGGCCAUCUAGGCCUUUUCGAGGAGCUCGAGGGGGGCCUGUCCGCAGACGCAGGGCUCACGUUGUGGAGGUGGAGCCUGAUGAGGAGGAGGAGGAUGCUGAGGAGGAGGAGGAGGCUACCGAUCGUCAGUUAGAGACAUUUGCUGAGGAGGGAGGCUCCGACUCAGACGAUGAUGAUGGUGCGGAGAUUAUCCCGCAGAAGAGGAUGAGGCGUGCUUCUCGUUCCCGCUCCCGAGGACUUUGAUGUUAUUA